AUGCCCAUCCACCAUCUCAUGUGCGGAACAUGGACCCCGCCGGGAGCCAUUUUCACAGUCGCCUUUGACGACGAGAAGUUGACGUGCGAGGUCGUGAAGCGGACCGAGAUUCCAAAGGAUGAGCCCAUUUCAUGGAUGACCUUUAGUCAUGACAAGAAGAACCUCUAUGGUGCUGCCAUGAAGAAGUGGGCUAGCUUUUCAGUCAAGAGCCCGACUGAGAUUGUCCACGAGGCAUCCCAUCCCAUGCUCCACGACCCCAUGGCAUCGUCGGCUGAUACAAAUACACGAGCCAUUUUCCUUCUUGCUGCCAAGAAGGAGCCAUAUGCCGUUUACUGUAACCCAUUUUACAAGCACGCGGGUCAAGGCUCCGUCUUCAAGGUCUCAUCCACGGGAAAGCUGGAGGAGAAUGUGCAGAACUACGACUACCAGCCCAACACGGGUAUCCACGGCAUGGUCUUUGACCCGACCGAGACGUACCUGUACUCCGCGGAUCUCAAGGCCAACAAGCUGUGGGUGCACAAGAAGGACGCCGAUUCGGGAGAGGUGACGCUCGUGGGCUCCGUCGACUGCCCGGACCCGCGCGACCACCCGCGCUGGGUCGCCAUGCACCCGACCGGCAACUACCUGUACGCGCUGAUGGAGGCCGGCAACCGGCUGUGCGAGUACGUCAUUGACCCGGCGACGCACAUGCCCGUGUACACGCACCACUCGUUCCCGCUGAUCCCUCCCGGGAUCCCAGACGAGUGGACCAUGUACCGGUCCGACGUGUGCACGCUGACCCAGUCGGGCAAGUACCUGUUUGCCACGGCGCGCGCCAACAGCUUUGACCUGCAGGGCUACAUUGCCGCCUUUCGCCUGCGCGACUGCGGCUCCAUUGAAGAGCAGAUUUGCCUCAACCCGACCCCGACCAGCGGCGGCCACAGCAACGCCGUCAGCCCUUGCGACUUUAGCGACGAGUGGGUGGCCAUAACUGAUGACCAGGAGGGCUGGCUCGAGAUUUACCGCUGGAAGGACGAGUUCCUCGGCCGCGUUGCCCGCGUGAGGAUACCCGAGCCGGGCUUUGGUAUGAAUGCCAUCUGGUACGACUAG